AUGUCGACCUCGGUGGAUGCCCCUCACCAACACAAGCAGCCUUCGCGCAAAGGCAAGAAGGCCUGGCGCAAGAAUGUCGAUGUCACCGAAGUGCAGGAGGGCCUGCGCCUUCUGAAAGACGAAGAGAUCAAAGGUGGGCUCGUUUCAGAAAAGCCUUCUGAAGAUUUGUUCACUUUGGACACCACGGGAUCGGAGGAGGUGCGAAGAUCAUAUGCCAAACGACACAAGCCGCUCAAGGCCGACGAGAUCCUCGCACAACGAUCUGUCAUCCCCGCCGUGGACUCUCGCAAGCGUGGAAACCUUAGCAUUACCGAUGGGGUCGUUGAGCCGAAAACCAAGAAGCACAAGAGCGAUUGGGUCAGCCGCAAGGAAUGGCUGCGCUUGAAGCAGGUGGCUAAGGAUGCCAACCCCACCAACAAGAAGACCGGCAACGAUCUGUACGACCCGUGGGCGGACGAUGUCGAUAACUCGGCCCCGGUCGAAGAUCCCCGGUUUGAUUUCUUGGAGAAGCCGAAACCCAAGGUCGCCCCAGACACAUUGCAACAUGCACCUAUCUCGCUCGCUGCGAAUGGGAAACCUAUCCCGUCGGUCCGGACGCCGCAUGGGGGAACCAGCUACAACCCCGUGUUUGAAGACUGGGACCAAUUGCUUGAAAAGCAAGGCCAGCAGGCUGUGGAAGCGGAGAAGAAACGUCUUGCUGAAGAGCAAAAAGAGCUAGAGAAACAGCGCUUGAUUGCCGAGGCCAAGGAUGACGACGGCGAGGUGAAGUCUGACGAUGAGAGCGCAUGGGAGGGUUUCGAGAGCGAGUACGAGAAGCCCGAAUGGCUGAACAAGAAGCGGCCUGAGAGAAAGUCCAAGACCCAACGGAACAAAAUCAAGCGGCGCAAGGAAGCCGAGCGGCAAGCCAAGUGGGAGACCAAGAUGUCACAGAAAGAGAACCAAGCUGAGCAAGCACGGCAAAUUGCGGAGCGGGUCAAGCAGCAAGAACUCGAGCGUAAUGAUCAGUCGGACGCCGACGACUCGGAAGAUGGCGAUGAGACGGUGCUGCGACGCAAGACCUUGGGAGGGAAGAACCGUGCUCCUGAGAAACCAUUGGAGCUUGUCCUGCCCGACGAACUGCAGGACUCUCUACGUCUGUUGAAGCCAGAAGGCAACCUCUUGGACGAUCGGUUCCGAACAUUAGUGGUGCAGGGCAAGCUUGAGUCUCGCAAGCCAGUGACUCAAGCUCGAAAGCCCAAGAGAAAGGUGACGGAGAAAUGGGGUGCCAAAGACUUCAAGGUCCCAGGGUUCGAGUGA